AUGGGACAAUUAGUUAACGGUAAAUGGGACCCUGAAGCCAACCAGGGAGGUGCUGGUAUCCGUCACUGGCUCACACAAGACGGGAGCCCCGGCCCCGAUGGCCAGAAAGGCUUUCCGGCUGAAAAGGGCCGUUAUGCCUUGUAUGUCGCACAUGGCUGUCCUUUUGCUCACCGAACCGUGCUCAUUCGCAAGCUGAAGAAACUUGAAGAUGCAAUUCCCCUUUAUGUCACAAGCCCCACCGUUCCUCAACGCACUGGGUGGAACUUUGAUACAAAGGUCGCUGGAACCACUGGCGAUCCUGUCAACCACUUCAAGACGCUCAGCGAGCUGUACAUCCAGACUGAUCCCAAUUACACCGGGCGGGUCACAGUGCCGGUUCUCUACGACACCAAAGACAAGGUUAUUGUUAACAACGAGUCGUCCGACAUUGUUGAAAUGCUCAACACGGCGUUCAACCACCUUGGUGCUGACCCCUACGACUAUGUUCCUGAGAGCGAUCACGAGCACAUCAACCAAUUGACCGGCGAAAUGGUGGGAAACAUUAGUGGGUCGCUCUACAGGGCCUUGUUCACCAAGGAUCAAGCCACAUUCGACGAGUACCAAGCACGGAUUUUUGACAGCCUGCAAAGCCUCGACAAAGAGCUAGCCCAGCAGAGGUACAUUGCCGGACCAAAGAUUACCGCGGCAGACAUCUACCUAUUUGUUAUCCUCGUUCGUGCUCCGAUCCAGCUGCCGUUUGCUCGACUGAUCUACCGCCGUCCCCAGGAUUACCCCAAUCUGUGGAACUACGCCAAGGACCUUUAUCAAUCCGGAUUUGGCGAAACAGUGAACUGGGAGCACAUUGUGGCCCUCAUCUUUGCUGGUCACGAUUACGACGCCGCCGGCAUCAUCCCCCGGGCCCCCGAAAUCGAUCUUCUGUCCGCUCACAACAGAGCUGAGCUCGAGUACGAAGUGAAGGAUAGCGCACAGAUCCACCGUAACAAAUAUAUUUAG